GCAGCAUCUUUGAUCUUCAGGAGGACCAGAAACUAGACCUUCAGUUCUCCUGUCCACAGAGAUUUUUUUUUUUACUGUCCAGGAAGGAUAUCAUCGGUCAGCAUGAACAAAGAGAGAACUCCCUUAUUCUAUAAGAUUAAGGACUACAAGCCACUGAAGAAUACCUCAGGAAGCAUCAGGGAUGAAAAGGAUGUGCGGAGCUUGGCCUUUGACAUCUCCAAAGAAGUAGAGUCUUUAAGAAAUUCCAGUUUGGUUACCAGAGCAAGAGUGAGUGCCAGUCACAGUCCAAGAAGACUCACAGAGUGGAAAGCAGACAAGGUUACAGGAGCAAGAAAAAUGCAGGGGAUGACAGAACAAUUUGAUAAACUGGACAUGUCAGCUAUGCUUAAGCUGGAAUUGGCACAGGACCGAGAGCGAAUUUCCCAGCAGGCCCUCCCAGAGGUUUCCCUGGUAUCUUCUGGUCUAGAUCGUAAAAUGAAAGCCAAAGAGAAACACCCAUCCAAACUGUGGCUAGAAAUUGAACACCUGAAUAAGGGUAUUAUGCAACGGGAACCAAGUUCAUCUGCCUUGGCACUUUCUGGUAAGACCACCAAUGCUGUGGCUCAGUGUGAAACGGAUCCAGUCAAGAUCAACUUCUACAUCAGUUCCAGGUCCACAUCUCCAUCCUCACACAGUGGAGAUGAAGCUGACUCAGUUAAGAUUAUAGAUUCUGCUCAUCUCCCAGUUCAUACACCAACAAUAAAGAGAAAGGAAUAUCAUAGCAGAGUUCUCUUUCCAUCUAAGAAUAAUACGCACAGAUUUUUCCUCACAUCCUUUACUGCUCCCACCAAGUGUCACCAGUGCACAUCGCUGAUGGUGGGAUUGAUAAGGCAGGGCUGCGCCUGUGAUGCAUGUGGGUUCUUGUGUCACACAACGUGUGUAGAAAAAGCUCCAAAAGCUUGUCCAGUAUCAUCUCAACAGAAGAAACAUAUGCUCCAUCUAGACCCUCCGGAGAGCAUGGGGACAGUCUAUGAAGGCUACAUUUGGAUUCCAAGGAAAGCAGGAGUGAAAAAAGGAUGGCAGAGAGCUCUGGCUGUUGUCUGUGACUUCAAACUCUUCCUAUAUUGCAUGGAUGAAGAAAAUGACUCAAAACCCAAUGUCGUGGUGAGUCAAGUGAUUGACAUGAGGGAUGGUGCGUUUUCUGUCAGUUCUGUUUGGCCCUCUGAUUUUAUUCCUGUAAGGAGAAAAGAAAUGUCCCGUAUCUUUCAAGUCACGGCUUCCCAGCUCUCUGCACCUAGUAAUAAAUAUGCAAUCCUAAUAUUAGCAGAUAGUGAGAAUGAGAAGAAUGAGUGGGUGGGAGUGCUCAGUGAAUUGCACAAGAUUCUGAGAAAAAGUCAUUCCAGAGACCGCACAGUCUAUAUUCUGAAAGAGGCUUAUGACUGCAAUCUCCCCCUGAUCAAAACCACCCAGACAGCUGCAAUCAUAGAUCGCAAAAGGAUUGUUCUGGGAAAUGAAGAAGGUCUAUUUGUGGUACACAUUACCAUAGAUGAGAUUCUUCAAGUUGGUAACAUGAAGAAGAUCCAUCAGGUAGAGCUCAUCCCCCAUGGUCAGAUGGUAGCGGUGAUCUCUGGGCGAAGUCAUCGUGUGCAGCUGUUUCCCAUGUCAGUUCUAGAUGGGCGAAAGGCCAACGGUCACAAGCUGUCAGAGACCAAAGGAUGCCAGACCAUGACCUCUGGAAUGGUGUGCCAUGGGACCCAUACAUGCCUCUGUGUAGCUAGGAAGAAUCAAAUCUUCUGCUAUGAGCUGUUUCAGAGCAAGGAAAUCUUCCACAGGAAAUUUAAAGAGAUCCAAAUUCCAACCAACGUCCAGUGGAUGGCCAUCCUCAGUGAACAGCUUUGUGUAGGAUUCCAGUCAGGGUUCCUGAGAUACCCCUUGAAGAGAGAAGGCAUCCCAUACAGUAUGCUCCACUUGCAAGACCCUACCCUGUCAUUUAUUGUACACCAGCCAGUGGAUGCUCUGUGUGCAAUUGAGAUAUCCAGUAUUGAGUAUCUAUUGUGUUUUAAAAGCAUUGGAAUAUACACUGACAGCAGGGGCCUCAGAUCCAGGCCGGUUGAACUGAUGUGGCCAGCAACUCCAACUUACUGCUGUUACAAUGCCCCAUAUCUCUCCAUGUAUAGUGAAAAUGCUGUGGACAUCUUUGAUGUGAACUCUAUGGAAUGGAUUCAGACCAUCCCCCUCAAAAAGGUUCGACCUUUGAAUAGUGAAGGAUCCUUAAAUAUUUUACUUUUGGAGACAAUCAGAUUAAUAUAUUUCAAAAAUAAGAUGAAAAAUGGGGAUGAGCUGUUAUUUCCUGAAUCAUCAGCUAAUCAUCAGAAACAAAUGGUCCGACAUGUCAACAACAAAUGGCGUUAUUCCUUUAGAGCUGUCAAAGGAAAGGGGACUUUUCCAUAACGUGCUGUGAGUACCGGCUCCUCAGAUGUUGGCCAGGAGGACAACUGGAGGACCACUUGAUGUUUGAUUUAAUUUGGAAGAAAAAAUAAAUCUCUGAAAUUUGGAGACAUCUGUUCACAUUUGUGUUUGCGUAUUUUUCUCUGUGAAACUUUACAGGAAACCUUUUGUAGUGAGUAUAAAUAAAUGUGUAAAAUCUACUCACUUCUCUGUGAAUUCAGAACACUUGAAGUUUGAUAUGUAAAUCUCCAUCUAAUAUAAAUAAAGGAGAAGCAUAGUAA